AUGGCGGCUCGUUUUGGUGUGAUGUUUUGCAAAUCAUCGCGAUGUACGUCAAAUCUUUGUCGCUAUUCAAGGGAAUCUAAUGGAUUGAGAGGUAUGCUAUUGUACUUUGAUAUUUCGUAUACUUUUUAGCUGUCUUAAAAUUCUUCCACGGUUUCAUAAUUCCCUUCGAAGCCGGAUUUUUAUUUUAUUUCCUCUUACACACUGCAUCUGUGACCGUGCACGGGAAAACGUACCUUAACGCUUAUCCGUUAAAUGCUCUCUAACGGACGGAUAGCUAACGGAUUGUUAACGGCCUUCCCAGCAUUCUAACGUUUUGUCCUAACGUUCUAACGGUUAUCUAGUUGUGCCUAACGGAUGAUCAAAACGUUCUAACGCUUUCUCGUAACGGUCUAACGGCUAACUAAGUAUGUCUAACGGAUGAAGAAAACGUUCUAACGGUUACGCAGUUUGUUCUAACGGAUGACUGGAGCCGUUUAACGGUUGUCUAACGCUCUACGUUUACAUCUAAGGACUUUUAACAAACGAAUAGCUCAGUCCGAUGUUAUAAACACAUGAUCGUGCAAAACCAUUACUAGUCUUACACUCGCAAUUUUAAAAAAAAAACGAGUCACAAUUAAGUGCCGAUUUCAUCAGUCGUCGAUGAGACAAGCAUUAAAAAAAUUAUUUUCAUGGUGAGCAUUAAUCGAGAGCAAAACUCAGGGAUAUAAACUUUCACUUUCUCAUCGAGACGUAGAAACUCAGAAUUCGAGUCCUUUAUUAUCGUGUGAGAAGCAAACCUAACGUCGCUAAAACCUGUGUGUAAACAAUUUUAAUCGCCAGUCGUGGUGAACAUUUUUUAUUGUUUUACUCAAAUGGAUUUGUCGCUUGUACUUAUUUUUACACCAUGACUCUGUCAAGAGUUUUUCUAAAGUAACUGUUUUACCCGGGCCAGCCGUGGAUUCGCGAAAGAUUACGCUUUCUAUCUUGACCGAGCAUGCGAAAAGCGCUGCCUUUUGAAGUCACAAAGUCAGUCUCGAAGCAACGACGUGUUGGCGCUGGUUUCACCAGAUAAAGUUGUUUUCGUCACAUGCAUGUAGUUUAAAAUUAGUUUCGUCUGAUUCAGAGUUAAACGAAAGUCUAUCAAAAUAUUCAUCAACCUUUCCGCCAGAAUAUGGCCGUUUCUCACAUCUUGGAAGAUGUAAACAACUUUAUGCAAAUUUUUGAACGGUCCGCACUUUGGGAAUUGAAACCAAAUAAUAUUAUUCUACUUCAGUUCGAACGACAAAGACCACUUAAUUAUUUUAAUGAUUGCAAAUAGCGAUUAAAGGGAACGGAAGAAGAUUAUUGAUCAUUUGGGAUCCCACCUCGCAGGUCGUAGCAAUUGCCACAAAUUAGCAUUUUAACAACCAUUGUUGCGUGACGAAAAACGAGCACAAAGUUCUUGACAUGACUUUGUGAUCAGUGUUUACUUCGCAGACCUUUUAUUUAUCGCAAUGGCCAUUUUGGUCGAGCUUUCCCCGUGUUUGUUUUAUCCGUUUAUGGCAUUUAUAAGAUAUUUUUAACUUUCCUUUCGUCAGAAAUUACAGUACAAAAUACAAGCUCUCGAAAUAACCGGACUUUGCCGAAUAAAUAAACAGUUCAUAUAAUGUCGAUUGUUGUUAUGAUUUUACUUGUCGGCAAACGUGGUUUGUUUUGGAUCGUGUAUAAUUAUAGUAUGAAGGCCGUUGAACGGAUGCUAGUUUAUUCUAACGGAUCCUAACGGCUUCUCUAGCCGUGCUAACGGAUGCAGAGUUUUUGCAAACGGUUAUGCUGACCCGUCUAAUGGUCUGAGCUAACGGCUAACGGAUACAUGUCUCUUGCUAACGGUUGCAUUUGCACUGUCCGUUCUAACGGCCUCAUGCUAACGUCUAACGGCUGGGCUAACGCCUCUAACGUUCUUAAGAAAACUUUCUAACGGAUGACUAACGGAUGCCUAACGCUUUUGCUUGUCUAACGGAUAAGCGUUAAGGUACGUUUUCCCGUUUACGGUCACAUCUUCUACAAGGGUAUUUAACUGGUAAACUAAAAUCUGAAAAUAAUGCUCGAUUAGGGGGGGACCGAAAGAUUUUACUAAAAGCUAUUCGUUAAUAACCGUGCACUGCUUUGUCUUGUGACAGUACUGCAAGAAAUUCAAGGGCAGAUCCAGGGAUUAUUAAAUUUGUAUUUGGGAGCAGGGGGCGGGGGGGGCAAAGUUGUACCUUUUCUUCAAUUUUGUAAACAUUUUACAGGGAAUCAUUUUCAGUGCUCCUCACUGGUAUAAUGUUACAUGUAUGUGUAUACAUGUAAAUUAACCUACGUUGCUUCUUGCAUGUAUAUGACAAAACAAUUUCAGCUUCAAAGUAGAUAACCAUUUAGUCACUAAAUUAUCUGGUCUGUUGGGUGUAUUUAGGGGCAAAAGGGAGUCUGAAAAUCCCCUGAAUCUGCCACACAUCAAGCUUUCAUUUUAUUAUCAUCAGGUGCUGUUCUACUCCGCAACAUCUCGACAUCUCAGCUUUGUCUCAAGAAGACACCCCAUACAGUUGGUGUUCCUGCUUGGGCUAAGGCAGCAGGAAGGCGGAAAAAAGUUUUGGCUAGAAUGGAGAAAGCUAAAUCAGAAAAACAGAUCCAUGCAGAGUUCAACUUGGCAAAUGAUCCCACAGAACUCAGCUUGUACACUACAACAAGGCGUGGUCCAUUACCAGGGUAUAAAGAAGAGGACGGCCAAAUAGACAAGUAAGUUAGAGGGAUUUGUCACUUUUGUUGAUCUCUGAUUGAUGGUAUAUUUUUCACAUGCAAGACUCAUGCAGUAGAAGAAAUAGCAAGAUCAACAACUUGACGAAUCAAAACCAGAGAUUAACCUUAGCCUUCCCAUUGCCUACAUGUACAGUGUAUGCUUAACAUUGUUGGAAAAAUACCUGUAAAACACCUUGCAAUUCCAAUUCAAUUUUUGUAAUCACAUAGACAGAAAAAAAGACUUAAUACUCCGACUUCAUUGUCUCUCUAACAUUAAAAUUGAGCACUGGAAACGUACUCUGUACUAAAGGGAUGAAUGGCCCGGUGGACCAGCAUCCUGUCUAGGUCCCAGUUGUUCAAAAUGUGGAUCGUGCUGUCUACUGGAUGAAAAUUACUAUCCAUUGAACAAUGUAAUUGGAUUUCUUGACACAUAUCCUCUGGAUAGUGAUUUAUUCAGCUGUGAAUAUAAAGUAUCAUCCAAGUUUUGAACAGCUCUGACCAAGAGCACAAGUAGGAGGAGGGAUUAGCGUGGUUGAUUAAUGCACAGCCUUCUUUGCAGGAGGUUCCAAGCUCAAUUGCCAGGUGUAACCCCCACUCCUUCUUUCAACUUCUUUCCUUUCCCUGUAGCUUUAAGUAGCUUUAAAUACUCAUAAAACAGAGCACUGAUGGAGAGGGGGGGUAAAAUGAGCGCACUGUCGGCCUCAGGUUUGUUAGUGAAAUGACGAUUUCCAGCUACCAAUGUAAAAAAGGGAGGACUCUUUACCUUUACCUUUGUACUCCUAGAUGCUUCAAUAUUAGUUAUAAGUACUGAUACCAUCACGGUGAUAAGCUCCAAUCAUGUGGGCAUCAGUAUUUUGCUUCUUGGGCAAUUUCACUACUUGUAACUUGAAAAUGAAAGAUUUGAUGCUUAUGCAAUAAUAAUAUACUCAUCCUUUAUACUAAGGAUUAUGUUAUGUGUUAUGUUAUGAUGUUACAUAUGUAUUUUUUAUUCAUGCAGACCAAAGAUAACCAUGUCAGCAGAUAAAACCAUGUUUGUUUGUUAUCAUCCUGCAAAACCUUUUCCUCUGCAAUUUUCUAAGGUACAGUAGACAUAGAUCCAUUUAUUGAUUAACCAUAAGAAAGAGCAUCCAAAGUGAUUUUUGUAACAUCACUCUCCUGUAAUCUUUGAGGUCUCCAUAGAUCAAAAAUACAAUGUACAUUGCAUAAACCAACACCUUUAAUUUCCAGACAGGUGGACAGUGAGGUGGGAGUUGGUGGAGGUAGGGAUGGGAAUCAAGUAAUGUAGUUAUUGAUAACCCCCUCCCCUCGCCCCGCCCAAAAAAAUUUUAUUGGUGAGGCAUGACUGUUUCCCAGGAUAACACAAACAAGUUAAUACAAGUUCCCAGUACCUCUGUAAGUCAUGAAUAAAUUAUGUACUUUAUCUUGAAUGCAGGUCUCGUAUCAUUGUAAAUAACUGAUGAUUAGCAGAAAAAUUACAUUCUCUUCUUUCUUGAAAUACAAGUAGCACAUGUAUACAAGUUAAUAUUAGUUUCCAGCGCCUCUGUUUGACAUCAAAGUACUUUAUUAUUAUAAUCUUGAACAAGGAAUGCAAGCCUCAUACCAGUGUAAAUCAAUGAAACAUUACUGAGGCCUUCUUAGGCAUUGAAUUUCAAAAUGAGUCGUUUCGCAUACUAAAGAGGAGGCCAUGUUGCUGUAACUAUUUUACUUUUGUACAAUGUAUGUGUGAUUUUCCCCAUUACUGUCACAGUUUCAACUCAUUUUCAUGUCCUUUUUCGCCAUUUUUCAUCUGUCUUAAUAUGUUGCUGUUUCAAGACCUCCUCGCUUGCCAGAAUUUUACUCUAACAGGGCCUUGUUAAUGUGUUUCUUCUUUUGUUCAUAGGAAGUGGAUACAAGGCACUGGUGGCAACAGGAUGGAGAUCAUGUCGACAGAUACAGGGACAGUCUGACUGAUGAGGAGGUACAUAAGAGAUUAUUUGUCAUCCAGGGCCAAGUUGUUUGAAGGCUGGUUCUAGUGCUAACCCAGGGUUAAAUUUUAACCCUCUUUUUUUUUUCUUUUCAUCAAAAGCAUUUUCUCGGAAAUUUUCUGUAUUCUUUUUGGAGUAGCUAAUCAUCAAAUUGUAGACAAAAAGAAUUAAACUGAAUUUUUGCUUUUUAAGCUUUCAUAUCUGAAUUCAAAUUUCGUACUAACCCUGGGCUAUCUUAACCCAGCCUUGAACAACCCGGCCCAGUAAAAAAUAUGUGGACAGACGUAAUCUUAGUGAGUGGACCGUGUAGGGAACAUCAAAACUGCAGGUUUUAUGCUAGAAAUUGGCCAAUGAGGGUCAAAUGGGCCCCCUUUUAUAAUUUUAGGGGGCCCUUUUUUAAGAAAGGGGGUCACCCAAAAGGUAUUUGAACGUAUUGGUACAGACUGUUCCAUGAGAAAAGGAAUGUUUAUGGGCACUUUGCUGCCAUUUUGGAACAUUCUGGGCAACUGAAAAAGCCUGGGCUCAAAUUACUGCAGAAUCCCAGAUGUUUUGUCUGGUGAAAAAAUGAAUUGCUUAAAGUUCAAAGUAAGUUUAUAGAGCGGCCGUCAAAUCAGUGUUGUUGUCAGUGAUGUUUUCAAAUACUUUACUUAAAAAAAAUAUUACUUAUCCUUGGGUCUAUUUUUUGCACCCCAUUUGACGCGGCAACCUAUAUUUUAUGCGUCAUUUUUUUUCAAAUUGUGGAAAUCCCGCAAGGCUGCGCUCUAGAAUAAACCCUGAAAACUAAUUAACUAAAGCUGUGAAUGGACAACACAAGUCAUGCUUUGCUAUACUAUGUUUGCAGUGGCGGAUCUAGACCUUUGGUUAAAGGGGGGAGGGCAGUCAUCCAGACCCUGAGAUAAGUGGGGGUGGUCUCAAUUUUUUUUUUCGGCUCUUCAGGCCUCAGUUUGGUCUAAAAAUAAGGGGGGGGCCUCCCCUGGAUCCACUCAUGGUUUGUUUGUUUGUGUUUUCUUUUUUGUUAGAUUAAGGAAGUAUUUGAACUACGUAAAGAAGAUCCCAAGCUAUGGACAGUGAAUGCAUUGAGUCACAUGUUAAAAGUCAAACCAUUGGCUGUCAUGUAGGUAUUUACUGCACAAGGUAUAUUGUACCUUAAAAUGUUGUUAUCUACCACCUUUUUGAAAAUGUCCUGUUCCCAAAGAUGGCGUUAUGCUACAGUAACUCUUCCCUAAACCCAUUCACUCCUGAACUGCCCGUAAGCGCCCGUGCGGAUCCACGUUCCUUCUACCACUUGUGACGUCAUCAGUUUUACUGGUCAAGGACAACUUUGUCCGUUAGCGUGUGCAGAGUGAGGAGAUCUUUCAAACCCAUACCAGAAUGGGCUCAAUUCAGUCAAGGAUACCGGAGAAAAAGGCAAAAAAACAUGUGAGAUUGACCUGAAAAUUGCCAUGAAAAUCUUGUUCCACUACCCGCCUAUCUUUCCUUUCAUCUCACUCUAAGAUCCUAAAAGCUUUCCCAAAAACUUUUCCCACCAAAAUGAAGCCUACUCAAUGCCCAGGAAAAAAAUUGAGGCAAGAAAAGGGAAAAAAGAGGGAGGAGAGGAAGCGAAAUGUAAAAGUCAAGACUGUGCAUGCCGGAUCUUCGCAAGCUACAGUAAAAGUUUGCAUCUGGAUCAGAAGUCCGAGAGGUGUCAACCUGUAAAUGGCUCUUUGUAGCUCGACAGUCAACCAGAAAACCACUCAACUAGCUUCAAAUGUUUGAAAAAUUCUUCACUAGGUGGGGAUUGAUUGGCUUUUCAGUAGCUUUGUGGGCAGUUGAAGUUGGUUGUUAAAAAACCCCAAAUAAGCUUUCUCAGAGCUGGUUUUCAUUAGCGACAAAGCUGGAACUGAAGUCAUACGCAGAGCCAUAAAAGUGCUCAUAACUUAACCAGCAAACACAGAAGUAUUUCCAGUCGUUGAUUCUCUCCACAUCUGCGAAUGCGAACAGCCAAACGAUUUGUGACGUAGAACCUUUUGUUUGGUUGUUGUACUUUUCAAGUGUAGAAAAGCAAUGACAAGAAAUACAUCUGCAUUUGUAGGCUACUUAUAACUUAGUGAAAACACUGAAAAUCGGAGUUGUAAGUGGGGUCAUAAGCACAAUGGAAUUGGAGUCAGAGGAAUCCGAACAUUUCCACUUUCUUCUGACUCUAGUGAAAACCAGAUUACAGUGGUCAGAUGUAGGAGACGAAGGAUAGACCAAGUACAAUGUUAAUUCCCACACUACUUGUGACUCCAACACUACUUGUCACUUCUACUUGUGACUCCAACAACCUAGUUUCUACUCGAUGGUAAACGAAAGAAGUCGUAAAUAGGUGGUUUUCGUGCAAUCUCGGGAGACACAAAUAACAAUGGUGAAAUGAACAAAUGCUGGUAGACAAACAAAACGAGCUAAUGAGCGAUCGUUUGUUUACCGUCCACCAUCAUGGCGGCAAUGACGUAACGUGAGAACCACCUACAGGAUCAUAACCCUGUUGUUGCAAGAUGAUAAUUCUCUAGGCUUGUGAUAAAUUGACGACUCCAAAGUCCUCCGUAAGCCAAAGGCUAGUAGUGCAAUUUGCUCAACUACAUAGGAAAAAAAUUAAGAAAUUUUUCAUUAAGUGACAUUUUGGCUGCCCUGAGGGAUGAAGUUAAAAAUUAGUUUUCCUGAAAUUUACUAAUUAGAUUUAUCUAAGAGUAUUCCCUUACUUACAAACUCCCAAGAUUAUCAUCUUGAAAACAGUGUACACAUUGGCCACCUUUAAUAAGAAUAAAAAGGAAAACAGGUCUACAGUGUACAGCUUUACACGUGUAACUCCUGCCUUCUUACUUAGGCUAGCUGCUCCCCUCUCAGAUGAACAGAAGUUUGAAGUGGAAGUUGAGCAGAAGCUUUUGAAUGAGUGGACUGAUAUAAAAAGAAAAACAUACAGAGCAAACCAGGAACUGGUAAGAGAAGAUGGAAUUGAUGCUUUUGUGUAUGAUGGAGUUUUGUAAGGUGGUUCUAACUUUUGAGUCUGUGAAAUCCUGAGACCAUUCAAAUAAUUCCUCUUCAACAAUAAUUUCACAUAGUACUAUUUAUUUAUUAUGUAGUUCUAACUUUUGAGUCCGCGGAGAAAUCUUAUGGUAUGACCAUUCAAAUAAUGUAUAGAUUUAGCCAGGGCUAAAAGUCAAGCUCUCGAUAAUAUUUAUAGUUUGUUCAAACAAAAUAUAAAAUCGUGUAAUGCUAAGCGGCGAAGGCAACUUCAGAGAACGGUGAAAAACAAAAAUAGGUCUAAUUAGCAAACCAAAUAACUUUGCACGCGCAGCACACUUUUUUGUACAUUUCCUUGCCGUUGUUUUGCACGACUACAACGCAGACCUUCCAGAUACUUUUUUAUGGAGGAAAUGUUGUACGUGUUCUCGUUCACUUUUUUUUACUGCCGCUCAUUUUCACCUUGCAUUGGUGGCCGCGGGCAUUUCUCAUUUUGUUACCGGCGCUACAAAAUUUUCAUAUUGUUCUUCCAACAAAAAAUGUCUCUUGUGUUUUUUUAUCUCUCGCUCUAGAUCUCUGUCGCACUUUUUGGCGUUGAGUUUCGCUAGCCUUCCGCCUACUCUCUCUUUUUCUCCGUCUUUCUCUUGCUCUGUAUUCCAAAUUUGUGGGAAUGACAAUUAAUCUAAGCUUAAUACUUUAGAUAACACGGAUACAGAAACAAUUUCCGCUUUCCGCGUCGUCUUUAUUGACUCUUUAGCUGCCGCUGUUUUACAAGACGCGGGUGGCUAUGCAAUUUCCCGCCAAAAUAACCUCGAGUUGCGUUUGGGUUGCCAUGCCUGUUGGUUGAGUUAUUUUACAUUGGUAUGCCUCUGGUGCGGACGGACGGUCUCUCGGGCGGAUGGUUUACGGUCACGUGAUUACCAAAUAUUCUCGGAUGGGUAGAUUGCCACAUUUUCUUACCCAUGGUGUUCCGCUAAGCGCGCUUCGCGUGUGAGAGCUCCGCUAUAACCUCCUUGAUUGUGCUUCACAAGCUGCUUUUUGUUUUCAAGCAUCUUGCAGAAAAGUUUUGUCAAAUUUUUACUAAGCAAGGAGCGAUGGGGCAGGGGUAAUAGUGGUGAUAGAAGCAUGGAGAGAUUUCCUAAACCAAGAAAACAAAUCUUAAAACAACAGUGACUUUCCCAAAACAGGAAAUCGUCUUUAAUGUGAUCUAAGAGAAAAAUUCUCAGUUUAAGUUUCUUUAGAGUUUUCACUGAAUUGUGGCAAAAAAGCAGCAUAAAGAAUUAUUGAGUUACUCUUGAUUGAGAACUUGACGUGUCUUUUUUUUUCUUAUGUUUCUAGGAAAGACUGCGAUAUUAUCAGAAAACUCGCGGCACCAGUUCUUCUCCCAAGACUAACAGAGAUGCGAACAACGCCAGAGACUCCCAGAAAACAGCACCAGCAAGAAGUGGGCUUCAUGAGAACAGCACGUGAUCAACCAACUGUGGACUCAUGCUUGUCAAUCAAAUACUCAGGUGAUCACGUGUGACGCCUGACAGCAAACAAGCAAUAAGAAACCGCGGGAAAAUGGCGAUUGAAUCGACUGCGUCUUAACUCUUUCUCCCGUUUGCUGGGAAACGAACAAACUCUGCUUUCUGAUAAGUAAACAACGGGUUUGAAAAGACAGAAGCAACAAAUACUUGGUAAAAGGUCAAUUGUGUAAGCAUGUUUUGGAUGGCUCUGUUAAACCGCUAGGCGGUGUGAUUUAAAGCCUGUGGAAGGAUGUGAAUUAUGCUCAUUUUUGAGCAGUUACAGACAACUUCGUCAGCAGAUGGUAGCUUUGGGCGCCUCUGCUUUGGGUUUGAAACAGUUGUUAAAACAUUCAAGCAUCCAGUGAAUUAUUUUAAUAAAUGGAAACUAUCACAUAAAGCAUCGACUCUCGAAAAAAAACAUUAAUUGCCGAAAUUCAGCGGUCAAAGGAGGAGGAAAUUCCAUAAAUUAAGAAACAUUCUUUAAAUCGUAUCCCCGUGACGGGGGUGGCAUUCCCUUAUUUCUCCUAACAUAAGUCUCACCUCCCCACCCCCGUUGGAUCAGUGCCCAGUUGCAUCACGUAACACCUUGCUUCUGUGGCUCAUUCCAGUCAAACUCUUCAACGUUUUUUUAUGUAAAUGACAGACGCUAGUAAUUAUUAACUAGAAAUACGUGUAUCGCAGAACCUCGAGAUUCUCGGGGGAGGGUGGUAAGGUUAUUAAUAAUUGGGAAAUGUGCCAGGGUAAUUUGGGGAAAUGCAGGGUAAUUUCUUUACCGUAGAUGAACCAGUUUGCAGCUACUUCAACAGACAAGAAUACAGUAUAUUUUAUUCAGCUGCUUUUAUACACACCUUUGAUCGUGCUUUCUCUUCUUCGUGUGCGAAUUUAAACGCCACGAAAGUAAACAAAAAACCGUUGCGGGGGUGUUUGUGGUCGACCCAUGCGCGUCACUCCAUUACGGCGUCCAAAAGUACCUCCCACUCCCAGAUAUGACGCCCUGCUCCGUAAUUAACGACUUCGGAGAAUCCACUGCAGUCUAUUAACGUCUGAGGCUUUUAUCUCUUUAAUUUGUUUUACUUCGCUGAGGUGGCCUACGUUGUAGGAGGACUGGAUAAAAGAAUCUCUAUAUUUAUCGGGGGAUAUAGACUGUUUGCGAAGGGAAGGAUGAAUAAAGUAGUCAUUAUUAUUUUUUUUUAAUGAGUUUCUUUUUUCUUAACCCUGUCCACGUCCGAGCAAUUGCUGACAGUUCUGCAGUUUAAGUUUUUAAAAGCAUUUUUAAAAACUUUUAUCAUAGUAAAUAGACAUAACAUUGGUAUUUGAAGAUCAAAAAUGACGCCAUUAGCUUGGAAUUAGUUUGCUUAGCUUUUGCAUUUAUUUGUUGACCGUGGUACCAGCGUGAGAAUCUUGGCCAUACAUCAAUUUCUCUCCCUCCAUUUAAAGGAAAAUUAGUUUUACCUAUAGCUUUUAUGUAAAUGAAAUUUCAAUUAUAGAUUUUGUUAUGAAAAAGUAUCUACCCCUCCUGGUGGCAGCUGGACAUGGGUUUCUAGCAAAUACAGUCUCGAAAAAUUUAUUUCAAUAAAGUUAUGUGGUCAAAAGGCUUUUAAACUCUUGGAGUAUUUUCCAUUUCACUCUUGAGCACUUAGCAUAACUGACAUAUUUGUCCGUUUAGCAAAAAACACUUACUUGACUGAAAAAGUGAAAUAGAGUCUUUCAGCUAAUUAUAAAUAACAUCAGAACAAAUCGAGGGUAACUUGAUAUCUUCCCAAGUUUAAAUGAAGUUUCGAGAAGUUGAACCUUACAUAUGAAUAAACCUAAUAGUCCUACCAAAAUGCACUGUUUCUUUUGACCGAAUUCUCCUAAACAUUCUUGUGAAAACUUUUAGAAAUAGGUAAAGAGAAUUUGGUCGUUGACCGAAAGAAUGCCUCUUGAAGCAGGUGGAAAAAACGAAGGGUUGUGCAGAUUAGGCGGUUGAAAAUAACACCGUCUGCAAAAUUUAUAAGUUUCUCGAUGGAGCAAUUAUUUCGUGAACUGCCAUUGGCUGGCAGUUGAGAAAAAAUUCUUGAAAAGCUUAAGGGAAAAAGUUUGAACCAGGAGGGUUUAAACUAUUUGCGGCCCCGAAACGGAUAGUGUUUACGAGUAUGGGUACAGCGCACAACACUGUAUCCAAGAGCACGAUGAUCACAAAUUUUCGCGCCUUGCUCAACACUUACCUGCUUAUCCUUCAAUGGUUGCUGUAUCCUACAUUUAUCUGCUGUUUUCUCCUGUUCUUGCUGUGUUCAAUCUCACCUGAGGGAGUACAUGCCCAAAUUGAAGGUUUGUGGUGCUAUUCAAAUCAGUUUUAAAAUAAAUAAAACGUUUUUAAAACCAGUCUAAAGACGGCCAAUGCAGUAAAACGCUAAAACAUAAUGAAAAGUUAGAAAAGCACCAAAAAAGACUUCACUAAAUUUGAGGUGUAUCUUACAUUUAAGGCACAGAAUGCUUUUGAAGUAAAAUGGUAUAAUUCCAUAAAGUCUGAGUUCCUGGUUUCUUUGAAUUAUUCACUUUUGGUUGAUGUUAUGGCACAAAAAAAAAAACAGUUCUUGCAAGUUGAAAAUUUAAGACAAAGGUUGAAAAAAUACGUGGAAGUGUCUAGUAUUCUAAACCUUGUUGCAACAUAGUGACUCAACAGAUAGGUACGACAAAUUUUUUAGUUUAUUCGUUUCCUCUAAAUUUUAAAAAUUUUUUGUCCCGCAGAAUUUAACACCUUGUAUCACCCAGAUCUUCGCCAAGACAUUUUUGUAAAAGACGAUCACUAUUACUUGAAUGUACCCAGAGUUGGAACAUACGCCGUGUACGACACCCUGGACUGUACCAUCGAAUGUCUAAGUAAUCCCUCCUGUUUUUCUUUAAACCUGGCCGCGUCAAAAGGAGCAGACGGGAAGCUCUGGUGCGAGUUGCUAUCUUCUGAAAAGUACAGCAACCCUGGAGAGUACAAGAGAAACGAAAGUUCGCAUCACUUUUCCAUUAAGGUACCACUAUUAUUUUCCUUCCCCCAACCCGAAUAAAGACACUGGUUAAACAACUUCACCAACGUUCUCUCUCUAAGAUUUUCUCCCAAAAACCCGCUGACGUUUUUUUUAAAUUAUGGCUUUUCCCGUUGUGUCUGAAAGAGGAUUCGGUCACUUUAGACCCAUUUAGAGCAGAACAUCUGCCUUUAUCAGAAUGGGUCUCUAUGUUUGCUUGGAUAAGUAAAAAUGAAAGAGGAGUUGAUGAAUAGGAAAUUUGAUACCGCAGGUGUGUGUACCGGUCGUCAUUUCAAUUUAUCUUCAAGUUGGUUACAAAGGUAAACAAACCACAGGCGUUCCGUGCAAACAAAAAUAUCACAGUUAAUUAAAAGAGGAUUCAACCGAAUGAGAUGCAUCACACCGUCAAUAAACUAAUUUUUCUCAUUUUUUCUCUUUUCUCGAAAUAUAAGAUUUGUAUGGGCGAAAAAAAGGUCUUCUUUCUGUAGCCCACGAAUGGAAAACGAUUGGUGAUAAAAAUCAGGCAACCUUACUUAACUUGAGUGUUUCGCAGUUCUUCUUUCGAUUCAGUUUUAUUUAAUCCUUUUCACAUUCGUAGGCUGUAGAAACAAUCGUUUUUUAUCGCCAAAACACUCUUUUGGGAGGACUAGAAACUAAAUAUAACACUGGAUAGGAGAGGAUAGUUACUGGUCUGAGCGUGUUUUUUGGGGGGAGGGGCGGUAAACCCAUGUCAUUUCUCGCUGUAUGCUGCAAGUAGCCCGGGCUCUCCCUUUUAUGGCCUUUAUGGGGAGGUUCCGAACGAAAGGGAUUCCUUCUUUUCAUAGGCGUCGGGUAAAUAAAAGGGAAGGGAUUUCACAAUUUAACUAUAUAUAGAUGGCGAUCAGGUGGGGAAUUCUGACAUUUAAUAGGUAUUUAAACUGGCCUUUGAUUUAAAGAUAUUCCGAACAGACCCACCUUAUGACUGUAUGGAGAGCAAGGGAUGGCGCAGUGGUGAGAGCGCUCAAAUCCCGGGGUCCACGCCAUAUGUGGGUUGAGUUUGUUGUUGGUUCUCUCCUUUGCUCCGAGAGGUUUUUUCUCCGGGUACUCCGGUUUUCCCUCUCCUCAAAAACCAGCAUUUCCAAAUUCCCGUUCGAUCAGGAAUCAGGUAGACGAAGAAUCACUUUGUGGAUGUACUACCUCCAAAUCAUUAUUAUUAUUAUUAUUAUUAUUGUUAUUAUUAUUAUUAUUAUUAUUAUUAUUAUUACUAUUAUUAUUAUUACUAUUAUUAUUACUAUUAUUAUUAUUAUUAUUAUUAUUAUUAUUAUUGUAUCGUUAACAAUUUAUCAUAUAAGCGACAUGAAAUGUUUGCCCUUUAUAUCGUUAAACGGUCUUUUUGUUUUAAGUUCUAGUUUAUGUUUUUGCUUUGCUUUAUGUUUUAGACUGCGUGUCACUCUUCGCCGUGCCGUAACGGCGGAACAUGUGUACCAAACUACAAAUAUCACACCUUUGACUGCGGUUGUAAAGACGGUUACGUCGGAGACUUAUGCGAAGUAUUUGGUAAGUUUCCCAUAAAAGGUUGUCAAAGGACAGACUUGCACUUAACAAUAGUAAUAAUGUAAUGAAAUUUGACCAUGAUGUAGAUGUAUUCGAACGUAACUCCAUGUAACAGCGACAAAUUGUCCUCCCAUGGGCUAUCACCUAUCUAGAACACCAAACUUUUCUCAGUUAAAUCCUUUAGUUUGGAACCUUUUUGUAAACGAGCACCUCUCAUAAGCGCCUACGACAAUUAUUUCGGGUGACGUUUUGUAAUUUUUCGUUGUUUUUAACUUCUAAUAAGCAAGCAAUUUGACGUCAUGGUCGAUCUCUUUGUUCGCUGCAUGUACCAUUUGUACUAAGCCACUCAAAGUAUACGAAACCCUUUUAACAACGACAUGGAACUACCACUCAGUCGUAACUAAGAAAGUGCAUGCAAUAAACUCCCACCAAAAAGCAGAUGAGUCCUGACCUUUUCCAAGAAAACAUGUUCUCGUGCCUCUUCUCAGUAGAGUCCCCUGCGGUUUGAUUCUUGUAAGCGACCGCCUGCCGUAAGCAACCACAGAAUCUUCCCUGGCAUUUCGGGUGUUCGCUUACAGAACGUUUGAUUUGGAUUUAUUUCUAACGCUGCAUUUAUAAAAUCUUGACGGGCUAAAAGCGGCUUAGCAUGCAGUCAAAUAGUUAAGAUAUUAAAGUAAAAUAUAUAAAAUAUCUCAUGCAAUCAGUCAGUUCGGCACCUAGAAGUAAGCCCAGGAGUAAACGUAUACUAUUGUAGUGACUUUAAAUCGAUUUGAUAUCCUUUUUCCUUUAGCUCCGAAAUCAUGCAAGCAAGUGUAUGAUCAUUAUGCAGACAAGUGAGUGAAAUUGUCAUUUUUUUUUUAAUUUUCUGCCAUUUUGGCAUGAAUUGUCAGUGCCGGAUCCAGAACUUGAGAUAGGGCGGGGGGGGUGGUCAUCCAGACCCUUACAUAAGGGGGGAGCUCGGGCCUCAGUUUAGUCUAAAAAUAAGGGGGGGCCAGGCCCCCCGGGCCCCUCCCCUGGAUCCACCACUGUAUUAGUUUGUAACAACAGAGAAUAAUGAACAGUCUUGGGUGCACGAAGUACGUCUUCUGUGAGAUUUAACUCUUGUUGAAUUCAAUAUUUUAAUCCUGGAUCAUUUAGAUCACUUGGUUUGCAUUAUAUACUGUCUUAAUAAUUAUUUACCGAAGUGCCCAUCUUGGCUUUUGUGCAGGUCCCAACGAAGCCAGCUGGUUAAACUCUUUUUUAACUCAACACCAACUUCCGUUCUCUGUCAAAUUGGUGACUUUGGAUGUGGACCAGGGGGUUGGACGCCGGUCAUGAAGAUAAACGGCAGAGAGGUAUGCAUAUGAAAUUUGUGGGUGAGAUUUUUAUCCAAAUUUUUCCAAGUUCCAAUUGGACCCUGAAUGGUAGACGAAAAACCAUUACCUGAAUCACAAUGCUUUGUUAACAGUAACCGGUCAAGUCGCGCGAAUGUUAUCUCGCCCGAAGUUAUGUCGCCCGAAACCCUAAGAGUAAGUCGCCCGACUGAAAUGCGUGAAGUGAACAGAGAAACAACAUACCAUCAACUGACGUGAUACAACUCACUUUGACUCUGAAGAUGACUACUGCACAGGUUGUCGAAACGUCAGUCACUGUCAACAACAACAGUCCUAUUCAGGACUACGUUCACCCGGACGAUCAAACUCAACCUUUUGAAAGCUAAUUUUUGUUAGAUAAAGAGUGUGUGUUAAUAUAUCUCGUUCUUUAAACCAGCAUGAGACGAAAUAAGCGGAAUGAAUGGGUAACAUGACUCGUUCUUUAAGCGACGAUGAGGCGAAACAAGUCAACCCUGGAUUAACAACGAAACAAGCGCGAUAAAUGAGUAAUAUAUCUCGUUCUAUAAUCCUCGAUCAGAAGAAACAAACGCGGCAAAUGGUAACAGGGAUUCUACCAUAUUGUUUAGCAUGAUGAUAAAAUUUUGAGCCACAUAACUCAGCAUUUCGGGCCGGACUUAACUUCGAGCGACUUGACCGUAAACCUAGCGUGUUAAAUUGGAGAGUGUUGGAUCAGGCUUGAAAAUUUACUUCAAGCAAAAGCAACAUUAUUUUGUAGAAUUUCUGUCAUUUCGCUGCUUUCUCUCCUUUUCGCUUUAAAACAAAAAAAAACGCUCUUUUUUAAUAAUUCUUUUUGUUACAAACUGCUGGCGGGGUGGAAAGGUUGUCCUGGGAACGGGGUUGACUUCCGUUCGUUGAGACUGUCUAAUGACCAAUAAAAUAAGUUCGACAAAUACUUAUUUUAAUUAACGCGAAGUCAGGAGUUACAAUGAAUAGCUAUUGUUGCGUCAUGCAAUGUUAUAGCUUAAUUUUAGUUUUUCCUAUUUCUGUUCAUUUUCAUGCUAUUUCAGAGAACUUUUCACUACGAUUCAGUGCUUUGGACAAACAAUCAAUCCUUUAACAUUGACGGAGGAAAGACUGGGUUUGACGCAGAGGAGACCAAAUUGCCUUCCUACUGGAACACAUCCUUCUCUAAAAUCUGUCUAGGUAUGAACAUCAGCCAGGUAAUACGCUUUGCUGUCAUCGACAGGCAAGCGGACUCUUUGCAUUCUCUGAUUGCUGAUGGGCAAUACCGCUAUACCUCACUGGGUCGUGACACGUGGAAGGCGUUGAUUGGUUCACAGGGCUCCUUACAGACGAACUGCAACGUUGAAGGAUUCAAUGUUGACGGAGAAGGAUUCGGCCGAGCACGGGCAAGAAUUGGCAUCAUUAGUAACGAUUUUGACAACUGCAUUGGUUGUGAUUCCAGAAUCGGGUUUGGCACAGGUGGACGUCCCGAUGACAACAAUGUUUGUGGCAAUGCGGCUGACGGAAAAUGGAAUCCAGACAACGGCGGCAAAAAUGUAACGGGAAUAGGUUAUAUCUUGGUGCAGUGA